GCAAAAUAUAAUAUUCUUGAAUGUAUUAUAAUUAGGUUAAAUAAUAUACUAUGCUAUGACAUAAUCAACAUGAACCAAGUUAUUAAUUUACCGGGGUUUCUUGGUGGAGGCAUGAGGAACUUGAGUCAUCUGAAGGCCUGUUUGGAAUAGGUAGAGUGGGAUUUGAAUCUGAAGUUUCAUUUAGUAGUACAUCCUGUGUUUCCAGGUUCGGAUGAGACCGCAAAACGGUGUUACUCCUUAAGCCAGAGAAAACUGUUUCACCAGUGACAAAAGCAUCAAAAUCACCAAAAUGUUCCACAGGAACAAGAAGAGAGGUUUGCAAAUCCACACUAUUUUCCAGUGUCUUUUCAUUAUCCGGACUGUCACUUGAGUUCCGAGUUUCCUGAGCCACCAGCGUUCGUCCACUAUAUGUCCACAAGUUGUUGCUGUCCGUUAUUCUAGGUUCACCGGAUGCCUCGUGUUGUGCUGAUCUCUCUCUCCGAUGUGAUCUGCUGCUACUCACGCCGUCUAGAUAUUCUGCUAACAUUGGGGAAGACAUUUUACCAACUCUCUCACGGGAUGAUAUCCGAGAUCUCUUUCCUGGUCCUGAGCACUUCCUGCGACGCAAAGCCAUUUGGCAUAUUGUUCAUAAGGAAGAACAGGGGCACACCAUUCCUGUUGAACCCCAAGGUUCAUCAGCUGAUGAUGAACAUAAUGGAAGUCCAAAAAGAGAUGACCCCAGCACUUCAAAGUUUUUGAAGUUACCCAGCCCAGAAUACGUUCUCUUCACUGAUAGUGAACUACAACAUGUGAGACGUGCAUACUUCGAGCAGCAACGUCUUGGAAAGUCACCUUAUCAAAGGAGCUCUUCUGCCGACUCAUCCGAAAUACCAUGACAAAUAUGAUAUCUAUUGCAAGAGCCUCUUCAGAUGACUACAAAUAUCCCACUAAACAUGAAGUUAUUGCCAUGGCAAAGCGGUUAGUACAGUACUACCCUAUGAUAAAAGAUAAGUCAACUGGAUCGAGUCAUGAGUGGGACACUGUUGCCAAAAAGCUCUUGAAGCGACUUUCAAAUAUCCGAAGUCCUGUGAAGGCCAAACACCCUCCCUCCAAGAGAGCACGUCUGAAUGAAGUACCGUCUGCUGCAGUGGCAAGUGACUAUGAUGCUGAUUCCAGUGCAUCAACAGUUCAUCUAUCACCACCUUCAAGAUCAAGCACCCCACAGCAAGAAAAUGACAGCAUUGAUGAAGCAUCCGACGGUCCAGACAACAGCCUUGACAGCCAGAAAACACAGGCACGACAUUACAGGACUCUACAAGAAAUGUACAAAGCAAAGAAGCCAAACAAAGCUGCUGUAACUCAUCUAUUAGACCUGGAGUUCCAGUCCAGAAGAAAUUUCAUUGACUCAAAUGCUUUGAAGGAGCAAGACCGACCCACAAAAAUUUUACAGGCAUACCCGUGCUUCAAAGAACUGGACCAUGUAUUGGAUGAACUGCGGAGAGUCAUUGAGCCAAACAAUAGCCAAUACACUUCUGAGGUAAAAGGCAGGUGGGAGAACUUCUACUCCAAAGUUCAGUUUUAUGGCGUCAUGAAGAAAGUCAUGAAGCCUCCAAGGACAUUAAAUGGAGUUGAACAUGCCAUUGCAGUUUUUACUGCCCUGCCACUGCUCUUCCCAUCUGGCUCUGCAGCACCCAAGAAACUUGUCCCAAUCAGUGAGGCUCUUUUCCACGUCCUCACGCCCUCUGAGGAUCCUGAUACCUACAUCCACUGGCGUGUGCUUUCUAGUCCUGUCUUGCUGAUUGGUGAGCAGAACUGCAUUGUGGUUGUAGGUACAACUCCAGUUGUAACAUUUGAGAAAGAUUUGCUCCACGAGGGACCUCUCUACCUCCUGGCCUAUUACUACGCAUUUCACCUGACGUAUCCCAAGUGUAUUGCCACACUCUUGUCUGUGUUACAAACACAAGUACUUGGAGAUGUCAUCCAUGAGCAGGAUGCAACCUCCUCGUACAAGAAGGACAUUCAUGAAUGGAAAAUGUUUGUUGAGUAA